AUGCUUGCCGUGGCAUGUCUUGGAGCGGCCUUUGUUGGUAUUUGGAAGUUCUGGGGCGAGAAUCAUGGCGAGGCGGAGACCGAGAAAGGAGCCGCUUACGCCAACUUACGAGCCACAUUACUUGACAAGCGCAUCCUCACGCUCGCUCUAGCCACGACACUUUUCGAAGGGUCAAUGUUCCUCUUCGUGUUCUUCUGGACACCCGUGCUGAGGUCAGCCCGAGAAAAGGCUGGCAUAGCAAGUGCACCGCCGUUCGGCUUGAUCUUUAGCUGCUUCAUGACUGCCAUGAUGCUAGGAUCCAUGGUUUUUUCCUCCGUUAAGCUACGGACUGAGCGCGAAGUCAGUCGGAUGCUGCUCAGCAUAUUGGCUUUGGCAGCAAUUUCUCUCCUUUUUCCCGUCCUCGUCCGAGCGGAAGCGGUCACGUUUUGGAGUUUCGCUCUGUUCGAGCUCUGCGUUGGGCUGUACUUCCCUACUAUGGGAAGACUGAAGAGUGAGCUUGUCGACGACACUAGCCGAGGCAAGGUAUACGCAGUGAUGCGUCUCCCUCUGAAUGUCUUUGUCGUUCUCGCCCUGGGGAUGACCCAAGAAGGCGAUGGUCAUCGUGAUAAAAUCUUUACAGCAAUGGGAGGCCUUCUACUAGCCGCAUUUUUUGUAGUGCAAAGAUGGCUCCUAUAG